UCUCUAUUCGACCGGGACACGCCUCUCAAAUCCCUCAUUUCUUUGACUUCCCAUGGCCUCCCACCCCCACCACGACGGCGCUCCUCCGCCCCUCCACCGCCGCCCCCCGCCGCGCGUCCUCCUCCUCCGACACCCUCCCCACUUCACCCUCCUCAACCGCCCCCUCCCCGACAACUUCCACUUCCUCAAGCCCUGGGAAUCGUCGCUCCCCCUCCACGACUUCCUCUCCUCCGCCGACGCCCGCUCCGCCGAGGCCAUCCUCACCUCCGGCGGGGCUCCGGUCACCGCCGACAUGCUCCGGCGGCUCCCGGAGGUCCGCCUCGUCGUCACCACCAGCGCGGGCCUCAACCACAUCGACCUCGCCGAGUGCCGGAGGCGGGGGAUCGCGAUCGCCAGCGCCGGGGACGUGUACUCCGAGGAAGUGGCGGAUUUGGCCGUCGGACUGCUCAUCGACGUGCUGAGGAAGGUCUCGGCGGGCGACCGGUACGUCAGGCAGGGAUUGUGGAGUAGUGAGGGAGAUUUCGCACACGGUUCGAAGCUAGGUGGCAAGAGAGCCGGAGUUGUUGGAUUGGGAAGGAUUGGCCUAGAAGUUGCUAAAAGGCUUGAGGCCUUUGGAUGUGCCGUUUUGUAUAACUCAAGGAAAAAGAAGCCAGUUUUGUACCCCUUCUACUCUGAUGUACGCGAGCUCGCCACUAACUGUGAUGUCCUUGUAAUCUGUUGUGGCCUGAAUGAGCAAACCCACCACAUGAUCAAUAGGGAAGUACUAUUAGCUUUGGGGAAGGGAGGUGUGAUAGUUAACAUUGGGCGUGGAUCAAUUAUCGAUGAAAAGGACAUGGUGCAACUUCUAGUCCAGGGAGAGCUUGGAGGUGCCGGCUUAGAUGUGUUUGAGAAUGAGCCCAAUGUUCCUGAAGAGCUCCUUGCUCUUGAUAAUGUCGUAUUAUCUCCACAUACAGCUGUUUUUACUGCAGAAUCCUUAUCGGAUUUAUGCGAUCUUGUUGUCGGGAACUUGGAAGCUUUCUUUUCAGAUAAGCCCUUGCUUUCCCCUGUGUUAGAAGAGUGAACCAACUGCUCCGCCAGUGUAUAUUGGCUCUGUUACCACUACUAAACUAGAUUCAGCUGGCUUUACCUGAA